AUGAAAACAAUCAACCCACCUUCACACUCUCAAUUCUGUGCUUCCUGGGCUCGAUGCUACGACCCCAUGAAGAAAGUCACCAAAUCUUUCAAACCCAAAACCUCCCUUAAACCCUCCGCCUUUUCAAAAUCCUUGAGCACCUCCUUUAAUUUCAACCAUGAAUAUCGAGAGCAAGAAAAGCCAAAGCUCCACCAACUCAAUGAUGAAAGCCCAGAAAUUUUGAAUCUUCCCGUGGUGAUACGCCGGUCCGGCAGGGUCUCCGGUUAUUUUUGGGAUGGGAAAGAGCUGAAGUUAGCCUCUGUCGAUGAAAUUAAUGUACUCUCGUUGUCGAAUUCUUCCUUGAAUUUCGAAGGUGAAAUGAGGAAAUUGAGUAGAGUUUGUGUAAGUGCUGUGAGGAACUUUUUCCUACCGAGGGAAGUGAGUGAUAACUAUUUGGAGUAUGUGAAGUGGAAGUUUUUGCAUAGAGUUUUCAGCUCCGCUCUUCAGGUUCUUGCUACUCAGGCAAUGUUUCGUGCAAUUGGAAUCGGCUAUUCUCGUUCACUCCCAUCAGCCGCUGCACUAAACUGGGUUUUGAAGGAUGGGCUUGGACGGCUUAGCCGGUGCAUUUACACUGCCAGCCUUGCUUCUGCUUUUGAUACCAAUCUCAAGAGGGUUAGGUUUGCGACAUCUUUCCUGUUCAGCUUGAGCAUUGGGGUCGAGCUGCUGACUCCCAUCUUUCCCAAAUACUUUUUGCUUCUAGCAACACUAGCAAAUAUUGCAAAGCAAAUAAGCCUUGGUUGCCACUUAGCCACUGGUUCAGCUGUUCACAGAAGCUUUGCGAUCGCGGAUAAUCUUGGUGAAGUUUCUGCAAAGGCUCAGAUUCAGACAGUGUGCUUUGACAAUGUUGGUCUCCUGUUAUCAGCUACCUUGAACAUCAUGUUUAGAAACAAUCAACGAUUGUUGGCAGCUCUACCAUUUGUUGUAUAUCCAAUCUUCUCGGGUGUUGACCUUUAUGGGAUUUAUCAAGGCCUUAAACAUGUUCAUCUCCAAACAUUAACUAAGGAUAGACUUGAGUCGAUAUUAAAGAUUUGGAUUCAGCUAAGAUAUAUCCCUUCACCCGAUGAAGUGAGUACAAAGGAAGGCAUCGGUUUAUUAUGGAGAAAAGACAGUGAGCUACUACCUGUUAGAAUUGGAAUCUUGAAUCCCAAGAAAAAUAAGGCUUUUGCAAUGUCAACGCUAUCCAUGAUGACAUUGAAGUCUUUAAAAGAUGAAGAUUCGUACUUCAUUUGCUUGGAGAGCUUAAAUUAUGGAUCCAGAAUAAUGGAUCACGGGAUUCUUAUCUGUUUACGGGAGGGGGCCCAAACUUCCGAUGUUAUCAUGGGUUUGUUGCAGGCUUGUUACCUUCGCAACCGGGUCCUACUCGAUACGAUCAGUUGGGAGAAGAUUCUAGAAACUUGUCAGCACUCGAAUUCAUUUCUUCGAGAAUGGUUUCUACUAUUAGAAGAAAGCAAGAGGUCUGCUGAAGCUGAUCUUUAUGUGUUGAUAGAUAAGAUGUCGGGAUUGGGAUGGUCUUGCAAAAACGUGCUUUUGAGCAUGAGAGAGCAAGAAAGAUACAGUUUUGUGGCUGAUGGCUGA